GACAAAGUGGACAGCUGCCUCUUCUGCUCCACCUUUGCUGCGAUAAGUCAAAGGGGCUGGAGCCACUGAACAAUGCGCUCGGACAUGGGGCUCGGAAAGGCCAAGCUGCUCCUGUGGGCCAGGAUGGUCGUGCUCUGGGGCAUGCCUAACCUUCCUCUCAGUGUGGUAUCUGGGGAAAUUCUGGGUCCUUCCCCUCCACGCCUUCUCGGAAGAGAAUUCAUCACAGCCUUCAUGCAGAACGGCUUACAACAAACACUCAACAGUGACUUUCGGCUACUCAUCACAGGCUAUGCCCCAGCCACAUUGAUCACCAUCUCCAUGAAGAAGCCGGCGCUCAGGGUGCCUGUCCAGGUGAAUGGCGGCCAGACCGCAACGGUGUUAAUCCCACCCCACGCUGAAAUGGUAGGGGCCAAAGUCUUCGACAACACAGUCGUUGUCCAGGCUGACAAUGAUGUCUCUGUCUUCUCACUCAACUCCAAACCCAACUCGGCCGACACCUCCCCUGUCUACCCGGUGCAGAGCUUGGGAACAGAGUAUUACAUUGUCACACCGAUCAUGGGCACAGAUCGCUUUGGAGAGUUUGCCAUUGUGGCCUGGGAGGGCCCCACCACAGUUGAUGUGCACCUGAAAGGGGCUGUCAUUUUUCAAGGAAAGACGCACUUCGGAGGGAGCAGGCUUACCAUCAAGCUGGAGGCAAAGCAGGCUGUCCAGCUGCAGAGCCCAGUGGACAUAUCUGGCACCAAAAUCAUUUCCCAGAAGCCUGUGGCUGUCUACGUUGGACACACCUGCGUGACAAGAUCCAACCAGUGUGACCAUGUGUCUGAGCAGCUCCUGCCUGUCUCCAGCUGGGGGACCACCUUCAUCGUGCCCCCAUUGUCCUUUGAGAUGCAGGGUGAUAUCGUCUAUGUCUCCACCUCCCAAACAACUGAGGUGGAAAUUCAAGUUGGGAUGAGCAAGAGCAGGAUGAGGCUGCUGGCUGAGAAUGCUGUGCAGUACAGAACCCCUAGCUCCAAUGCCUUGUACUUCUCCGCUAGUGCUGGGAUCCAAGUCAUCUUCUUCUGUGAUGGUGGGACCAAAGGAAACAUCAGAUACGACCCCUUCUUCAUGGCCAUCCCAGCCAUCUCGAGCUACUGCCAGUCCUAUCACAUCUACGGGCACAACGAGUUUGAGAACUAUGCACUGAUCAUUGCCAAGACAUUGGAGUCCACGGGGGUCACCGUCGAUAAGAGACCACUGCGUAAUGUCCUGUGGAAGCCAGUUCCAGGCACAGAAUAUUCUUGGGCUGAAUACAGCCUUGGCAAAGGGUUCCAGGUCCAUAAUGUGGAGCAUGCCAGCUCCCCCUUUGGCCUGCUGAGCAUUGGGAUCGGAAACCAGAAGGCAUACGGCUCCCCAGCCAUUUGUACCAGCGAUCCAUGCAGAACACUGAAUUGCCGGGAGAAGGAAACAUGCAGGAUUAAGAACGGCCAGGCAAUAUGCUUCCAUGACUACACGGGAACCUGCCAGGGGUCCCUGACCUCCCAGUACUACAGCUUUGAUGGUCUGACCAUGGAUGUCCAAGACACCUGCACCUAUACCAUCGCCAAGUACUGUGGUCAUGAACCCACCCUGGAGCCCUUCACCAUCAAGGAGAAAAACAUGGGAAAACAGGACAGUUCCAACCUUGGGCUGACUACCAUCCACGUCUAUGGCUACAACAUCUCCAUCUACAAGGGAGAGAGUGGAGAAGUCAGGUUAAACGACAAGAGCGUCCGCCUGCCGGUCACCCUGGAGGCUGGGAAAAUCAAGCUCUCCCAGAGCGAGAGACGUCCUGUCCUGCAGACGGAUUUUGGGCUCCAGGUGCGGUAUAACAGUGACUGGGCUGUGAUCGUGACUCUCGCCAGCAGCUAUUUUGGGAGCACUUGCGGGCUGUGUGGAAACUUCAACGGUGACAGUGACGAUGAAGAGACGCUCUCCAAUGGCACCAAAGCCUCUUCCGUCCUGGCCUGGCUUGAUAGCUGGAGAGUGGAGGACUCAGACCCCUCCUGCAGGGAUUCCUGCCAGGGGAAAUGUCUGGUGUGUGAGGAGAGCAAGAGGCAGCUCUAUGGUGGGGACAGUCACUGCGGGGGGAUCAGCAAAGUGCCAGGAGGGCCCUUCAGAGAGUGUCACCCCAGAGUGAGCCCUGACGAGUUCUUCCACAGCUGCGUCUACAACGUGUGUCUGAAUGAGGGCAACAAGAGCAUUCUGUGCCAGGCGCUGAAAGCCUACGCGGACGCCUGCCGGGAGCACGGAGUCACUGUCUACGACUGGAGGACGCCGUCCGGCUGUGUCCUGCCCUGCCCUGAGAACAGCCACUAUGAGGCCUGUGGGAACGCCUGCCCAGCCAGCUGCUCUGACCGAACUGCCCCCUCCUCCUGCCGAGAGCCUUGCGCGGAGACCUGCCAGUGUGAUGAUGGUUACGUCCUCAGCGCUGGCCAAUGUGUCCCCAUGGGGAGCUGCGGAUGUGACUAUAAUGGCCGAUACUACAAACCCAGUGAGGAGUUCUGGGCCGAUGAGAACUGCCGCUCUCGGUGCAGGUGUGACCCCAGCCUGGGCACAGUAGUUUGCCAGGAAACCAGCUGCAAGAGCAAUGAAAGAUGCGUCAUUGUGAACGGUGCCCACCGCUGUAAGGCAACUACCUACUCCACCUGCAUAGCUACUGGAGACCCUCACUACACCACCUUUGAUGGGAAAAACUAUGAUUUUAUGGGCACCUGCAUCUACCAGUUCGCGGCUGUCUGCUCUGAGGACCCCACACUCACCCCGUUCAACGUCAAAGUGGAGAAUAACAACCGUGGCAGUAAGGCCGUGUCCUUCACCAAAACAGUGACCUUAGAGGUCUACAAUGUGACCAUCAGCAUGAGCAAGGAUCAUCCAGGCAAGAUGCAGGUGGAUGGCGUUUUUGUGGACCUGCCCUUCUCCCACCAGCGCAAGUUCAAGGCCUAUAUCAGUGGUGUUCAUGGUUUCAUCAAGACCGACUUCGACCUGAGAGUGAGCUUCGACUGGUACAGUUACGCCAGGGUCAUCAUACCCAAUACGUACGCCAACGCAGUCUGCGGCCUCUGUGGCAAUGCCAAUCAGGACCCCAGCGACGAUCUGACCAUGAAGGAUGGAACUCAGACAUCUGAUAAGAUUCAGUUCGCUGACAGCUGGAAGGUUGGUGACGUCCCGGGGUGCUCGUCUAGCUGCACCGGGGUCUGCUCAGUCUGCAGUGAGGCUCAGAAACAAACCUACAAGGGAGACCAGUACUGUGGGGUCCUCACCCGACAGAACGGGCCAUUCAGACAGUGCCACGGAGCCAUCAAUCCAGCCCCCUUCUUUGAUGAUUGUGUCUUUGACACCUGCCAGUACAAGGGUCAUCAUAACACUCUGUGCAGUGCAAUCAGUGCCUAUGUGACAUCCUGCCAGGCCAGGGGCAUCCGGAUAGGACAGUGGAGAUCGGCCUCAUUCUGCAGCCUCACCUGUCCCCGGAACUCUCACUACGAGUUCUGUGGGAGCAGCUGUCCUGCCACCUGCCACAGGCCCUUGGCUCCAGACAGAUGUGAGGAGCCUUGUGUAGAAGGGUGUUUCUGCGAUGUCGGAUUCAUCCUCAGCGGAGACCGGUGCGUCCCCAUCGUGCAGUGUGGCUGUGUGCACCAGGGCAGGUACUACCCCAAAGGAGAAGAGUUCUACACCAGUGCCUCCUGCCAGGAGUGGUGCCGCUGCCAAGACAACGGGGUCGUCGAGUGCCAGGAGGCCUCCUGCGGAGCCAAUGAGGAGUGCAAGGUGGAGAACGGAGUCCUGGGCUGCCACCCCAUGGAGCAUGGAAUCAGUGUAGUUUCCGGUGACCUUCACUACAUCUCAUUUGAUGGACAGGCCUUCGACAUCCAGGGCUCUUGUGCUUAUACCUUAGCCAAGGUCUGCAGCAGUGACCCCCGGCUGGUGGAAUUUUCCGUGGUGGUUGAGAACGAGAGCACUGGUGGUGGCCGUGUGGCUCGCACAAGGGCAGUGGUGGUCUCUGUGCAUGGUUACACCAUCUCUCUGGAGAGGGGAAGGAAGUGGAAGGUGGAGGUGGGUGGAGAGCUCUAUACUCUCCCACUGGCUAUGGACAACGGGAAACUUUGGAUCAACCAGGAAGGGAACAACAUCAUUGUCCAGUCUGCCUCUGGCCUCCAAGUCUUUUAUGACACUGCCUCCUACCUCCUAGUGUCCAUCCCCAGCACCUACAAGGGACACCUGUGCGGUCUGGCUGGCAAUUUCAAUGGUGACAAAAAUGAUGACUUCCUGCUGCCCAGUGGAAAGAGCACUCAAAGUUUGAGCGAGUUUGUCGCCUCCUGGAAGGUGCCUGUUGAUGGUGCCAUGUGCUCCGAUGGCUGCGGAGAGAGAUGCCCCAUCUGUGAUGGGGCCCAGACAGCACCGUACCAGUCUGAGCGCUCAUGUGGGCUGAUCAGGGCCACCUCAGGUCCCUUCAGAGAUUGUCACUCACUGGUCAGCCCUGCCAAGUACUUCAACCACUGUCUCCACGACAUGUGUGCUACCAACGGGACGGGAGAGACCCUCUGCCAGAGCCUCCAGGCCUACGCGGCUGCAUGCCAGACAACUGGAGCCAAGAUCAAAACCUGGAGAACAGCCUCCUUCUGCCCCCUUGCCUGCCCACUCAACAGCCACUAUGAGCUGUGCACCAAGUCCUGUGAUUUCACCUGUGCUGGCUUGUCUGCCCCUGCUCAGUGCACCCAGAAAUGCUUUGAAGGCUGCCAGUGCAAUACUGGCUACAUGUUCGAUGGGGAGGGAUGCGUGUCCAUGGACAGGUGCGGCUGCAUGCACGAUGGACGCUACAUCAAGUCCAGGGAGAAUGUCAUCUCCAGUGACUGCUCGGAGAAAUGCACUUGCCACCCAUCAAGCGGGCUCAUCUGUGAGAAAAACAGCUGCCCCACUGGAGAGAUCUGCGUGCUCAGGGAUGGGAUGCAUGGAUGCAUGAAGCAGGAAGGCCAGUGCAUGGUCUCUCCGGGUGCUUACCUCACCACCUUUGAUGGUGUCAAGGGGAAAUUCCUCUACAGUGGGAUGUACAAAGUGGCCUCGCUCUGUGAUGAGAGCUCUCCUGCCUGGUUCAAGGUGGUGGUAGACAUCUGCGAAUGCACCAAUGACGGAAUACCAGCUUGUGAGGCCAUCUUUGUUUUUUUCCGAGAAGCUCUUGUCACUGUGAACAAUAACAUGGAGGCCUGGGUGAAUGGGCGCUCAGUGCAGUUCCCGGCAAACGUCUCUGAUGCUGUGUCUGUGAUCGAGUCUCAGAGCGGCGUGGCCGUGGUACAGACGUCGGGGAUGCACGUUCUGUUCAGGUCCAGCGGGGAGGUGACGCUGAGGGUGGGCGAGAGCCUGGCUAACAAGCUGUGCGCACCCUGCGGGAACUUCAAUGGUGAUGUCUCUGAUGACCUGCAGCUGCCCAGCGGGCAAAUGGUGGGGAACAUCGCCGAGGUCAUCGACGCCUGGAAGGCCAGAGACUUUUUAGGAUGCCACGCUUCUAACAUCGUGUGAGCUGAGCUGGGAGCUCCAUUGAUCCCGGCACAUUAGACGGCAUCAGCGUGGGUUUGGCCCAGGAAUUCCCACUACACAGAGUGCUGGAGGCAGCUGGGACUCACCGGGCCAUGUGUGUGGCUGAAACCCUGGGCUGAUGUGCACAGAGCUGUGUGAGGGAACUGGGUGCGCCACUUUCCCAGCUUUGGAUAUCUCAGCCUAGACACACACACACACGCAAACAUGCAUUGUAUAGAGCUAGCUACCGUCAGGGUUAGAAUAAUAGAAUAUCAGGGUUGGAAGGGACCUCAGGAGGUCACCUAGUCCAACCUCCGGCUCAAAGCAGGACCAAUUCCCAACUAAAUCAUCCCAGCCAGGGCUUUAUCAAGCCACACCUUAAAAAAUAUUGAAUUAUCAAAAGCAUCUAAAGGAAUUAGGCACUAGAGCUGGUUGAAAUUUUUUGGCCAAAACUGCAGAAUUGAUGACACCAAAACAUUCCACAAAUUUGGGUUGAUUUUUGCCAAAUUGCUCAUUAAGAAAAAAAUCUAAGGGGAAAAAAAAGAGGGCUUUGUCUUGAUGUUUUCAAAAAAAAAGGUUUCAAUUUCAAAAUUUCCUUUUAUUUUAUUUUUUAAAAAUCUCCAAACAUUUUGAAGUGGUCAAAAUUUAAAUGAAAUGGUUCAUCUGAACCCCAAAUAAUUUUUGUUCAACUUUUCAGUGAGCCAAAAAUGAUGAAAAGUUGCAUUUUUGAUCCAGCCUGGAACAGUUUCCCCCUCCCCCCAACUUUUCAAAAUUGUAAAUGAACCAAAAAAAAUCAAAUUAUUUGCCCAUCUCUGUUAGGCUCACAGACUUGAAGGCCAGAAGGGACCAUCAUGAUCAUCUAGUCUGAUCUGCACCUCACAAGCCACAGAAUCUCAUCCACCAACUCCUGCAACAGACCUAUAACCUCCAGCUAAGUUACUGACGUCCUCAAAUGAUGAUCUAAAAACUUCCAGUUACAAAGAAUCUAUCAUGUACUCUAUUUAAUUCAAACCAGCAAGUGACCUGUGCCCCAUGCUGCAGAGGAAGGCCAAAAAAACCCAGGGUCUCUGCCAAUCUGACCGGGGGACAAAUUCCUUCCCGACUCUAAAUAUGAUGAUCAGUUAGACUAUGGCCCACCAGCCACAUCCAACCCACCAGCCAUUUUAAUCUGGCCCUCAAGCUCCCGCUGGGAAGCAGGAUCUGGGGCUUGCCCCACUCUGGCACUCCAGCCGGGGAGCAGGGUCAGGGACUGCUCCAUGCAACUCCCCGAAGCAGGGGCAUGGCCCCCCUCUGGCUCCUAUGUGUAGAACAGCCAGGGUGCUCUGCUCUGCACACUGCCCCCGCCCCAAGCGCUGCCCUUGCAUCUCCCAUUGGCCGGGAACUGCAACCAAUGGGAGCUGCAGGGGCGGUGCCUGCAGAUGGGACAGCGUGUACAGCCACCUGGCUGCACCUCAGUGUAGAAACCAUAGAAGGGACAUGCUGUUCCUUCCGGGAGAUGCCCGAGGUAAGCUCCGCCCUGAGUCUGCGCCCCUGAGCCUCUCCCCAUGCCUGAACCCUAACCCCCAGCCCGAUCCGCCCUCUGAACCCCUCGGGCCCAGCCCGGAGCACCCUCCUACACCCCAAACUCCCCAUCCCCAGCACUCCCCCAGAGACCAUCCCCUGCACCCUGCCCUCCACCCCAGCCUGGAGCCCCCUCCCGCACCCUGAACUCCUCAUUUCUAGUCCCACCCCAGAUCCCACACUCCCAACUAGAGCCCUCACCCACCUCCACACCCCAAACCCAAAUUUGUACAUAUUCAUAGCCUGCCAUACAAUUUCUAUUCCCAGAUGCGGCCCAGCCAGACACCAGGGAAAGAAUUCUCUGUAGUAACUCAGAGCCUUCCCCGUGUAGUGUCUCAUCGUCGGCCAUUGGGGAUAUUUGCUAUUAGCAGUCAAGCGUGGUGUAUACAUCACACCAUCCCGUCCAUAAACUUAUCAAGCUCACUCUUGAAGACAGUUUGUUUUUUUGCCCCCACUGCUCCCCUUGGGAGGCUGCUCCAGAACUUCUUUCUUCGGAUGGUUAGACACCUUAGUCUAAUUUCAAGCCUAAACUUGCUGAUGGCCAGUUUAUAUCCCUUUGUUCUUGUGUCCACCUUUGCCCAAAAUAAUAUUAUGCACCCAGCACAACCAGGUGUGGAGACAUGCUUCCCAGCAGCUCCUUUACAAAUUCUACCCUCAACGGCUGAAAUGCUGCUUUCUUGUUGUCCAUUUCCGGCCAGCCCUGCUGAUUUGGGGAUA